GCGUCUUCCUUGUCUUCCCCCCCCCCCAAGAGUUGCAGAGUCAGUGGCUCCUUCUGGAUCCGGCAACUGCUGGGACGCAGAAGGGACCUUUUAAGAGUGAACAGAAAGUGCUACUGAAAACUGCCAAUCUUUUCAUCAAAGGAAUUGGACUCAGGAGACCCCGGUUGAAAAGUGAACAACUCUGUUGUAUUAAAAGAUCAAAGAUGGAGCGGCAAGACUCAGCUGCCCUUGAAGCAGGACUUGGCCCUGAUGCCAUCAAGACUGAGACACAUGGGGAGGAAUUUUCAGAAGGAAACGUGUGGAAGAUCUUGGGGGAGAACCCCCUCAGCUCAGAUGUGCAGCGCCAGCAGUUCCGGUGUUUCCGCUACCAGGAGGCUGAGGGGCCCCGACAGGCUUGCAGCCGACUCCACCUUCUUUGCCGUGAGUGGCUGAAGCCAGAGCGACACUCAAAGAACCAGAUCGUGGACAAGGUGAUCCUGGAGCAGUUCCUGGCUGUCCUGCCCCCAGAGAUGGAGAGCUGGGUGAGGGAAUGUGGAGCAGAGACCAGUUCCCAGGCGGUGGCUCUUGCCGAAGGUUUCCUCCUGAGCCGCGCAGAGAAUGAGAAGCAGGCAGAGCAGAAGGAAAAGGGUCUUUAUGCAGAAAUAGGAACUGAUUUCCCUGAGGCAGAGAGGACUCCUUCGGACCCCAGGCAGAGGCCGCUGGGUGAUGCAACAACAUCAGCACGACCUAAAAAAACAUCUCCUGUUUGUGAUGGAGAAGAACCUUCUGCUGUCGCUCCGGACCAGGGUCCAGUGUCCUUGGAGGAUGUGGCUGUGUAUUUCACAGAGGAGGAGUGGGCCCUGCUGGAUCCUGACCAGAGAGUUCUGCAUAGUGAAGUCAUGGAGGAGAAUUGUGGGAACUUUGUCUAUCUUGUUAACCUUGAAUGGACAGCUGCCUACUGUAUUCUGUCUGAACAUGGAUCCUCCAGUUUUGCCCUUCCAAACAGUGGUCCAGCUGAUUUAACCUGGCCAGAUAAUAUGAGAUAUUGUGACAAUUCGGAAGCUAUGAGGAAGGGAGUACUAUGUGGGAAAGAGAGGCCGGAAAGCUGCGGGUCUGAAAAGAGGGAAGGGCAGAGAAGGAAAACUGAAGCAGAAGAGAAGAGGAGGAAGAAAUCCUCUGCUUCUGAUGGCAGUGAUUACCGUAACACUGCAGGCCGAGAGAAAACAGAUGAAAAAAACAAAAAAAGUAAACAUUUUGCUUAUUGGAAAAACCUCAAUUCUAAUAUAAAAUGCAAAGCCCACUGCAAAAACCACAAAGGAGAGAAAGUAUAUAAGUGCUUGGAAUGUGGAAAGAGCUGCAGUAGAAAAUCCUCUCUCACUUUGCAUCAGAGAAUUCACACCGGGGACCAAACAUAUCCAUGCUUGGAAUGUGGAAAGAGCUUCAGUCACCAGGCAUUUCUCGCUUCCCACCAAAGAUAUCAUGGCAUAGUGGAACCACAUAAGUGCUUAGAAUGUGGAAGAAGCUUCAGUCGGAAGAACAGUCUCUCUUCUCAUCAAAGAAUUCACACUGGGGAGAAACCUUUUAAGUGCUUAGUAUGUGGGAAAGGCUUUAGCCAAAACAGCAAUCUCACUGCACAUCAAAGAAUUCACACUGGGGAGAAGCCAUAUAAAUGCUUGGAAUGUGGAAAGAGCUUCACCUGCAAGAACAAUCACACGUCACAUCAAAGAAUUCACACUGGGGAGAAGCCAUAUAAAUGCCUGGAAUGUGGAAAGGGCUUCAAUAGAAAUUCAUUCCUCACUUCCCAUCAAAGAAUUCACACUGGGGAGAAACCAUAUAAAUGCCUGGAAUGUGGAAAGAACUUCAGCUGGAGAAACGGUCUCACUUCCCAUCAAAGAAUUCACACUGGGGAGAAACCAUAUAAGUGCUUAGAAUGUGGAAAGAACUUCAGCUGGAAAAAUAAACUCGCUUCCCAUCAAAGAAUUCACACUGGGGAGAAACUAUAUAAAUGCCUGGAAUGUGGAAAGGGCUUCAGUAAAAAUUCGUCUCUCACUUUGCAUCAAAGAAUUCACACUGGGGAGAAACCAUAGAACUUCUUGGAAUGUGGAAAGAGCUGAAGUAGAAGUAGCACAACUCUGUUGUCAUGAAAGAAUUCAGAAAGGGGGGAACCAUAUUAAUAUUUGAGUGUAGUUCAGCGGUCACCAAUCAGUUGCCCAUGGGUGUCUUGUGGUUCUGCAAAGGCUUUCAGUGGUGCCCUCAGCAGGUUCCCCAGAAUCUGGGCUUACUUUUUUAAAAAUGAUAAUCUCUAGCCCUUCUAGAAAGUAAGUUAUGGAGCAAAAUAGACAGGUACCCUUCUAAGCCUGGCUGCUCCUGUCCGUUGGUCUCAUUAGCCAAUGAGUGAAGCCAGACCUGUGACAGAUAAUUGUGUUGUUUGGACACCAGGUAAUGGGAAUCCCUGGGGUGGAAAAGAGCUACAGUUUUGCCUUCCCUGUUAGUGCACUUUUUCUGCUGCUAUCUUUUUUUUUAAUUACAGGCAUACCCUGCUUUAACAUACGCAAUGGGACCAGAGCGUGUAUAUAAAAUGAAAAUGUACUUAAAGUGAAGCACUACUUUUUUUCCACUUAUUGAUGCAUGCCUGCACUGCACUCGUCAUAUAUGGGCAUAACUGAUGUAAAUAACGCAUUUAUAACUAAAAUAAUCAUAAAAUAAAGUAGGCUUAUCUCUAAGGUGAUAGAUUUACUACUCUUCUUUGUAUCUGCCAUUAUGUACUGUAUGUAAUACUGUACAGUACUGUACUGAAGGCAAGGGAAAUGCACACCAAUGCACACUAAACACGCACAAGCCAGCAGUGGCAAAAGCCAGAACUAAUGAUAGGCAGAGAGAGAAAAGUAUUGAAUUAAAGCAGGAAAGGAAGAUGGGACAAUGGAGAGGUAUAAAAUGGGACAAUGGAGAGGUAUAAAAUGAAAUCAGGGUGAUCUAAAUACUUUAUUUUUUUAUCACAAACAAUUACAAUAAAGCAGAUGGGACAAUGCAGAGGGAGAGGUAUAAAAUGGGGCAGUAACAUGAAAUCAGGGGGAUCUAAAAUGAAAUCGGGGAUCUAAAGAGCACAAGGUCCCCCCCCCCCACACACACACACUGCCACCACCAACCUAGGCUGGGGCAGGCAGAGCUCCGAUUGCUCUUUACAGUACUGUAAAGUAAAGUACUUAAAGGUAAAUGAUUUACAUUUAAAUGAUUACAGUUCUGUCUCCAAGGCAGCAGCCGCUCAGAUCGCUCAAUCACUCUGCUCAGAUCGCUGAGACGACGCUUCGCAACACAUGUGGAACACAAGUUCCGUCAGUGUCCGUUAUUGCGAACCGCUUACGUUAAAGUGGGGUAUGGUGGAGUAUGGAGCAUGUACGUUAUAGCGAGACGACGUUAAGUGGGGUAUGCCUGUAUUCCUUGGAAUCUGUAUAGUUUGCUCUUCCUUUUUCCUAGCAAUCAGGACGCAUGUUUCCUGUGCUGGGUUUGCCAGAGGUCAAGUAGUACUCGGAAGUUAUUUUCUGCAAUUACUACCACGCAAUAAGUGUGGGUGAAUGGUAAAUAACACCCCCCUCUCCCCUCUAGGCAAAUGUGAACAUAAAGAGCCUUUGGGAUGUCUCCUGCUUUGCAGGAGCUAAAGGCCAGGGACUCAUUCAGAAUUCCACUUAGCGUGCAAUGCUAUGCAUGUCUGCUCAGAAGCAAGCCUCUGUUUAAUGGGAUUUGUUUGCAGGUAAAUGGGUACAGGCUGUCAGCCUACGUUUUGGUUUAGGGUUGACCCUUGGGAAAAACAAAAAGGUUGGCUGCUACUGGUGUCGAAAAAAGAUUCAGUAAGAAGGUACAGCUCAAUCCUUAUCGAAGUAUUCACACAGAAGACAAUCCAUAUUCAUGCAAGAAUUGUUGAAAAGCUCCUGUCACAGUUCUCACUUUCUCCCCAUCAUAUGAAUUUAUUCUACAGCAUAGGAAAGUGACAGGUUUGAUCAAAAGGUAUAAUCUCAGGGGCUGUACUCUGUGGCCCCAUUCUUCUUGUCUGUAUCUCUCCUCCUCUCCGCCCCAUUUUUCGGUACUUUACAAGAAAGAAUCACCCUAAUAUGGAAUGUGAUAUUUAGCAAGUCUGCUUGUGUGGUAGAAAAAGUUCCAAAAACAGCUGGAUAUGAAUUCUGAGGACAAAUGGAAUGCAAGCAUAUGGGAAACAAAACAGAUUUCUUCCAGCUAUAUGAAACUUCAAGCACGUGAUGAAAUAAUGCCAAUCUCAACAAAGGCCAGUCUAUUUUUGCUAUUCUUCAAUGGACCCCAAGAUUGGCUGCAACCCAUAGUUUGAUGAGAUGCCUCGUGGCAGAGAUACUAUGCAUACAGAAGGCUGCAUUGUUUUAUUGCUUCCUACAGUCACUUGGGGGUGGGGGGUAGGGGAUAGAAGGUUGAUUCUGGUUGUUUCUUUCUAACAGUCUUCCAUUGCAAUAAAGCACCAAGGCUGGUGCAUGCUAUCAUGAUUGAUUUAAUCAUCUGGUUUGCUUCCAAUUGCUGUAUGUGAAGGCAAAACCCAAUCUGCCCCAAGCCACCUGUGAAUGACACCUGUAGAAGCAUGGCAAGAGAUAUGUCUGUCCACUAAAGAUUUCAUGGAAUGGCCAACGGGGAAUGACAUGAAUUAAAGUGUAUUUGCUAUAUAUUUCCUCUAUCCUAUAUGCAUCACUUCUCUGCACUUACAUAUUCAUGGUAUUUAUUAUUGAUAUUGCUACUGGAAUAUUGCAUUUAGUAUAAAUAUUCUAUCAUUACAUUCACAUUUAGAAUUGUAUCUUUAAAAUUUAUAUAAGAAAUGCUUUUAGUAUUGAAAAUGUCAGGACAUAGUGUUUGAGAAAAAGCCAGGAAGUUUUAUAACUUUCUCCAUCUUGUUUGUAAAACAAAGCGCAGUGUCUGCUGUUACAUUGCUUGUGUGUACAACGGAGCCAGCUAGUGACCCAAAGCCACCGAUGACAGAGUGGUAUACGUUAUAACAUGUAGAGGAUGUGUGGGUGUGAAUGAACUUCUCUUUCUAGGGCUUAUGGCUGAAACUGGAGGCUUGGAGGCACUGAAAGUUAUUAAGACAACUGGGGUGUGUCUGGAAUACAACCACCAAAAAUAAAUGUUAUAAUUCUAACGGAAGUCUGAGUACCAAAAAGAGGAGAUGCAAUCCUGAGGACACAGAAUUGCCAAGAGACUGCCAUCAUUACAAGUGCCAGCUGACUGAUUGAUGGACGAGAUACCAGAGCUCAGUGAAGAUGCCAAAAUAACAUCAAAACAUCUUAUAAAGACAUCCCAGCUUCACCAGAAGAUUUGAGAAGUUUUUCACCACAGCCUUCAACCUCCAAGACUCCUCUGAGCGCACCACCUGCUUCUUCAAAUCUCUUCUCCCUUGCUACAGUACUGGCUGGCCCCCAGUUACUUGCAUGAUUGUGUGUGAGUAUGAAAGAUCAGGACUAUUUGGCAUAUCUAAUUUUGCAUUUCACUAUUUCUGCAAUGGGUGACUCACAAGAGCACCUCUGGCUGUGUUAAUUGGCCAUCUCAAUAAAUAUUUUUUAAAAAAAUU